AGUAGCUUUAUUUAUUUCCACAAGCACAGCCAGGCAGCUCCGGACAUUAUAAUUAAUCAACUGACAUGAUUUGGGGGAUCCUCACUCCCAAUCCGUGCAAAACAGCAAUCCAAUAAAACACAGCAAUUCAUAAACACCACAAAGAGGAAAACAUCUCCAUUCGGGUAUCACAGCACACCUUUCCAGUGUUCUCAAUAAAAGGUUGCCCGCAACCCUGUCACUAAUAAAUUAUGUUGCACAAAAGCUACCCGACUUUCAAUUAUAAAAACAGACACGGAUACAUAUUAGUCAAAUUAGAGAGUUAAUAAAAGGGAGACUUCCCUGCUCCCUGAGACCCUCCCCUGGGGGCCUGAUGGCAAGGGACAGCGAAUCGAACUUUCAGGUGGCCAGCGAGGUUCCAGUAUGUAAAUUCCCGUGUCUAUCUUCACUGGCGGCGAUCCUACUGACCGCGACCAGCACAAUUCGUACCCGGUUUUGACCAACGCUCCCCCAGCGUUUCGCCUGGACGCUCCAGAUCAACCUCGGACUCUCUCUCCCGCACGUUGCUCCUCUGCAUGCUCAUAUUGUCUCCUACCCAGGCGAGCAGGUGAAGUGUGGCUAGGAGAUCAACAACAUGUGUUGGACGGAGAUGUUCCUACGGGCCCGGCGGAGGAUGCGCUCGCUGAUCUCUGGUCUGCCCUGCUGCUUCUGGUUUCUACUGCUGUUCGGCGCGGGGGGCCUGGUGCUUUUCAUCCACCUGGAGGACCUCUCCGAGAUGGUCCAGCUGGGACCAGAAGGGAAGUUGAGUGACACCACGCGGGAGGUGAGAGGGAGCAAUGAGGGCCUUAAGAGUCCCAUCCCGCCGAUGCAGUUCCCUGCGUUUGAGCCUGUCUCCCCGGGGCCGCCCAGCCACGACGCAGACUCUUCUCAGGUGACCAAACGCCACAGAAAGCUCUUGAAGACCAACCCUGUGAUGCGAUCCCAGGGCAAAGCUUCCUUCCUUCCUCCUUCAUCCUCCUCCGACUCCUCUUCCUCCUCCUCCGCUGAUCCUUCCUCCAGCCAGAGCAGCUUGGAGACCUCCCGUGUCCUGGAGGCGCGGCGCCGCUGGGUCAGAGAGGUGUGCACCAAGUACAAGACCAAGAUCCCGCAGAACAUCACGUCAAAGCGACUCUCCCGCAUAUUUGUGGAAGACAAGCAUAAGAUCCUGUACUGUGAGGUGCCCAAGGCGGGCUGCUCCAACUGGAAACGGGUCCUGAUGGUCCUAGCAGGCAUCGCUAACAAUGUCACAGGGAUCAAGCACAACGCCGUCCACCACGGCAACCACAUCCGGCAACUGGACAGCUACAAACGGGAAGGGAUUGCUUACCGCCUACGGAACUACACCAAAGUGCUGUUCGUGAGGGAGCCCCUGGAGAGACUGGUCUCGGCCUACCGGGACAAGUUUGAGAGCCCCAACAACUACUACUACCCGGUGUUUGGACGGCCAAUCAUCAACCGUUACCGUGUCAACGCCUCCAAGGAGGCUCUGCACACCGGCAGUGGCGUGACGUUCCCCGAAUUCAUGCAGUACCUGCUGGAUGUGCACAAGCCCGUGGGUAUGGACAUCCACUGGACGUCUGCCAACCACUUGUGCCACCCCUGCCUGGUGGACUAUGACUUUAUCGGGAAGUUCGAGACCAUGGGGGAGGAGGUCAACUUCGUGCUCCACCGGAUAGGGGCACCAGCAAACCUCACCUUCCCCACCUUCAAGGACAGGAACCCCUCAGCGGAGAGAACUUCCUUAAAAAUAAUGCAGCGGUACUUUGCACAGCUCAAUGCCGCUGACUUGCAACGAGUCUAUGACUUCUACUAUAUGGACUACCAAAUGUUUAAUUACUCUAAGCCCUUCCAUGAGUUGUACUAAAAAUAUUGUCCAUUACUUAAUCCUUUCCCUGUCAGAUCUGCAUACCCUCUCCUAACUAUUUCUCUGACAUUAUGUCAUUUUAAGCUGCAAGGAGCAGUGUUACGGAACACUGUCAAUUCAAACUAUGCAAACUACCAGAGUAAGACUAACUAACAAUAACUAACCAAUUGCUGUCUUCACACUCUGAUGGAGAGAUGUCGAGACUGCUGCUUAAAUCUCACCAGGUCUAAAACAUGAUCUCUCUUCCCAUCUCUUGUCUUCUCUUCAGUUCCCACUUAAGGUAGAACCUCUUACCAUUUAGACACAUGCAGCCAGAAUGACACAAUUCAGUUGAUACCCUGCUACUCCAAAGAAACUGAAAGGGGACCGUAAGGACCCCCGAGAGGCAGCUCACAGAGCUGGCCUGGAUCCGAUGAAUACCGGAGUCGGUUGGCCUGUGGGGAAUUUUAGGAGUAAACAUAUCCCCAAUCCAUCACCCCCCACACCACCACCACACAUAGUGUAGGUAAUCCACCAUUGUACCCUUUAGCAAAUACACACCUGGGAAAAAAAACACUGUCACAAAGCCUUUACUGACAACUAUUUUGGUGAAAAAGGGCAUUCAGAAAACUAUAUAUAUUAUAUUCUAUUUUUAUAUGUAUUUCUAUGAUGGGUUAAUGGGGAUGAUGGUUUUGAGCUUAAUCAAAUCUUUUUA